CCCCACCUAAGCAGUGUGGAAAUUGCUGGACCAAAGGUUGUGAAGAUGACCUCUCCGAGGACAGAGAGGAGCUCCUGCAUGGGAUUUCAGAGCUGGACAUCAGUAACUCGGAUUGUUUCCCAUCCCAGCUGCUAGUGCAUGGGGCUUUAGCCUUUCCUCUAGGGUUAGAUUCCUACCAUGGCUGUGUUAUAGCAGCUGCCCGCUAUGGCCGAGGCAGGGUGGUUGUGACUGGCCAUAAGGUAUUAUUCACCGUUAGUAAAUUGGGCCCCUUUCUGCUCAAUGCUGUUCGCUGGCUAGAUGGGGGCCGCAGAGGCAAGAUUGUGGUGCAGACAGAGCUGAGAACCCUGAGUAGCCUGCUCGCAGUGGGGGGCAUAGACACAAGCAUUGAACCCAAUCUGACCAGCGAUGCCAGUGUCUAUUGCUUUGAACCUGUGAGUGAAGUGGGAGUCAAAGAGCUGCAGGAGUUUGUAGCAGAGGGUGGCGGGCUAUUUGUUGGAGCCCAAGCCUGGUGGUGGGCCUUCAAGAACCCAGGAGUAUCCCCUCUGGCUCGAUUCCCAGGAAAUCUCCUCCUCAACCCCUUUGGCAUCAGCAUCACAAGUCAAAGCCUGAAUCCAGGGCCUUUUCGUACUCCUAAAGCAGGGAUAAGGACCUAUCACUUCCGCUCCACUCUGGCCGAGUUCCAGGUUAUAAUGGGCAGGAAGAGAGGUAAUGUCGAAAAGGGCUGGUUGGCAAAGCUGGGACCAGAUGGUGCAGCUUUCCUACAGAUUCCUGCAGAAGAGAUCCCUGCCUAUAUGUCCGUGCAUCGACUCCUGAGAAAGCUGCUAAGUCGAUACCGGCUCCCAGUAGCCACCCGAGAGAAUCCUGUUAUCAAUGACUGCUGCAGGGGUGCCAUGCUUUCCCUGGCCACGGGUCUGGCCCAUUCUGGAAGUGAUCUCUCUCUGUUAGUCCCAGAAAUUGAAGAUAUGUAUAGCAGCCCCUACCUCCGCCCCUCGGAAUCUCCUAUCACCGUGGAGGUCAACUGCACCAAUCCAGGCACCAGAUACUGUUGGAUGAGUACUGGACUCUACAUACCUGGAAGGCAAAUUAUAGAAGUCUCACUGCCUGAAGCUGCUGCCUCUGCUGACCUGAAGAUACAGAUUGGCUGCCAUACAGAUGACCUGACCAGGGCCAGCAAGCUUUUCCGAGGCCCGCUUGUGAUUAACCGGUGCUGCUUGGACAAACCCACAAAAGCGAUCACAUGCCUCUGGAGUGGACUCCUCUAUAUCAUCGUCCCUCAGAACAGCAAACUGGGCUCCGUGCCUGUCACCGUGAAGGGAGCUGUGCAUGCUCCAUACUACAAGCUGGGGGAGACAACCCUAGAGGAGUGGAAGAGGCGUAUCCAGGAGAAUCCAGGUCCCUGGGGAGAGUUGGCCACGGACAACAUCAUCCUGACAGUGCCCACCUCAAAUCUUCGUACUCUAGAGAAUCCUGAGCCACUGCUCCGCCUCUGGGAUGAGGUGAUGCAAGCAGUGGCAAGGCUGGGAGCCGAGCCCUUCCCUUUGCGUCUGCCUCAGAGGAUCGUUGCUGACGUGCAGAUCUCUGUUGGCUGGAUGCAUGCAGGGUACCCCAUCAUGUGCCAUCUGGAGUCGGUACAGGAGCUCAUCAGUGAGAAGCUCAUCAGAACCAAGGGACUGUGGGGCCCUGUCCACGAGCUGGGCCGCAACCAACAGCGGCAGGAGUGGGAGUUCCCACCACACACUACCGAGGCCACCUGCAACCUGUGGUGUGUGUAUGUACAUGAGACAGUCUUGGGUAUUCCUCGAGGCCGUGCCAAUAUUGCUCUGUGGCCUCCAGUUCGGGAGAAGAGAGUCAGAAUAUACCUGAGCAAGGGUCCCAAUUUGAAAAACUGGAAUGCGUGGACUGCACUGGAAACAUAUUUACAGCUACAGGAGGCCUUUGGUUGGGAGCCAUUUAUCCGUCUCUUCACUGAAUAUAGGAACCAGACCAAUUUGCCUACAGAUAAUGUCGACAAAAUGAAUCUGUGGGUCAAGAUGUUCUCCCACCAAGUGCAGAAGAACCUGGCUCCGUUCUUUGAGGCCUGGGCCUGGCCUGUUCAGAAGGAGGUGGCUACCAGCCUGGCCUAUCUGCCUGAAUGGAAGGAAAAUAUUAUGAAAUUAUACCUCCUCACACAGAUGCCCCACUGAAAUUGAAGCCAAGAAAUACAAAAGGGAAUUGACACAUCUCAGCAAAGAGAAUUGAAGGGAUUUGGUUAUAAGUGGAGAAGAUCUCAACACAUUUCUGGAAGAAAGAAAGUGGAUGAAUCAUGGUAAUGAAUGAAAGAGUGAAGGCACUUUUCAGACAAAAUAUAAACUGAUCUGAACAACAUAACCCCAAAGAGACCUGAGCAUCUGUAUAUUUAUCUACUAAAGAAUUGUGCCAGUUGUAAAAUUGAACUCAAUCCUACUCUACCCUCACUCUUGUGCACAGAACAGAGGCAGCCUACUGUCAGCACCAGUUUAAAAUGUGUUGUUGUUGUUGUUAUUAUUGUUGUUGUUGUUGCUGUUGUUUUAUACAGGAAUUGAAUAAACUGCCUGAAGAAAGGUAAGAGUUGGUGCUCCAGAAUAAAAUCUCUGUUUUUGUGAAAAUAAGUGGCCCCCAGACUAUCGGCUAAUUCUAUACUGACAAUUCAGACCUCUACUCAAGUGCCCAAUGCUUCCAGGGAUAGAAGAGGCUUACUGGAAAAACAUAUUCAUGUACACAACAACAGAAGAAACCCACAUCAACACCUGUAAAAGGCAGUAGUUAUGUUGAUUCUUAAUUGUGAAUGGCAAGCUAGGAAUUCCCAGACAUAGAUGGAGGAGAAAGGAAGAAAGGGGAGAAGCAUAAGAAACAUCACCAGGUAGAAUUAGGGCACUUGAAAAUAUGACAAACUCUGAGGAAACAAAAUCAAUGUGGAAAAAAUAAGGUAAAAUUCUAACUAUAUUGCCAGAAAGAUUUGAGAUGUAUCUUUUUGUAAUAUAAAAACAGAAUGCUACAAAAAAACCUCUUGAGAAUAAGAAGAGCUCUUUGAAAGUAAAAUAAAAUUACCAAAAGAAUUCAGUAGACAAACUGAAAAAUAAAAUUAAGAGACUCUCUCUAGAUGUAGAGCAAAAAGAAAUAGAAAAUAUGGAUAAAGGAAAGAAAAUAGACAAUCAACAUAUUUUAGGAACUCCUGGAUGAGAGAACAUAGAAAAUAUAGGUUAAAAAAAAAAAAUCAAAGAAAAGAACAAAGUGUCCAAAUUGAGAGGGCCUAACACAAUCUACAUCUACACACAAAUCUUGUGAAAUUUUGGAAUAUUCAGGAUAGUAGGGAGAUAGUAAAAUUACCUAAGGAGAAAAAAAUGUGAACAUCAUGAUUAGCUCAACAGAAAAAAGAUGAGAAAUAGACUGGCAGCAGAUUUUUUUUAUCAGCAACAUUGAAUGCCAGAGACCAAUGGAGCAACAUCGUCACAUAACUUAUGGAAAAUUUUUGGACCCAUAAUUUCAUAACAAGCAAACUGUCAAGAGCAAUGUCAAAAUGAAGAUAUUUUCUGAUAUGCAGAAUAUCAUUUUCUGAUAUUUCAGAAAGUCUGCAUCCUUUGUACCCUUACUAAGGAAGUAACUUGAGGAAGUUCAGGAAAAUGAGAAUGAAAACCAGAAAAGAGGAAGGUGGCAUCCGGAGACAAUAGACCUUACUUGGGAUGUCUCACUCCAGAGUUAUUCUAAAGGAUGUCUCACUCCAGAGUUAUUCAAAAGGAUGUCUCAUUCUAGAUAGAUUGGCAGUUAUCCAGUAGACCCAUGUCAGAUGAGAGUAGACAGUCUCAGACUCUCUGGGAAGAUGAUGCAUUCUGUGCCAUAGUUAAUAUCAUUGAGGAGAUGAAAUAUUUGAGAACAUUCUUCAGUCAAGAAAAAAGAAAAACAAAAACAUGUCAAAAAAAUCCAGGUCUAAUUAUGGACAUGGUUCUGAGUUACUCAUGGAGUAUAAGAAAGGACUCAAUUUGACAUUAGUGGUAGGUUCAUUUCCUUCCCAGUAGCACAGGCACCAGGAUAUUGGAUGUGUAGGGAAGAAAAUAUCCGAAACUUCUGCUUGGCUUUCAGUAAGAAGUGUUUGCAUAGUCAAAACAAUGUGUAUGUCGUUUAUUGAUAUUCAGUGUUCAGAACAGCCUAUUGAAAAGGCAUGAAAGGCUUAAUAUUUUAUUCAGAGCUGAAGUUGAAAGUAAUGUUGACAAGGAAAAGCUUGAGAAUUUGUUGAGGGAAGAGAAGUUGAAAGAUGUGUGGGGG